AUGGGCAGGUUGCAAGCCUCUAGUCCCAUGAGUUUCUGGGAGAACUUUCGUUCUCCCGGAGUGGACAUGCUUUUGGCCGGACCGACGUGCGGGAUACAAGGAUGUCAUGAGUCAGUCCUGGCUCAGCAGAAACAGGGAGUCCAUCCCCUGAAUCCACCUGCGUCUCUGGGCAAGCACAAGGUCGCUUUUGACGAAAGCACUACAGAUCCUGAGGAUCAUGUCGCAAUGCUUCGUGAUCCGUUACGGCUGUCAUUGUAUACGUUUACUCUUGCAAUGAUUAGCCAUGCAUUAACGUUAGAAUUUUUACAACAAAUAAAAAACAAAAAUGACUGGAAUUUUCUAAGAGCAGUGACAGAAGUUGAAAAAGUGAACACGGAUAGCUUGACUAAGCUUCGUCGAUUGGUCAAAUUCAGCGACAAACUUGAAUAUGCAAUGCAUAACUAUACACAGUUUUGUAUAACAGAAAGUGAUUACCAUUCACUUCAGUGUCAGUGCUGUGCUUCAAAACCAAUUGAACGGAUUAUACAGCUGUAUUCGCUGGAUUUCUAUGAUCCGGACACGUUGCAGUCAACCGAGGGACCUUCGUCGGAGUCGAGCCCUUUACCAGCAGUUGAAUUCCUCGUUUGUGCGCCAUGUGCAAACACUGCUCAGUUAUAUCACAGAUGUUAUCAUAUGAAAUAUCAUUUGCUAAAAAUGUGUGAAGAUAAGUUGGAGGUCAUUGGCACACAACAUCCGGAAUAUUCACCUGAGAAAACAGUUGAGGCUGCUCGGAAAUGCCGUGUCUGGCUGAAUAAGGUGCUCACGGAUUACAUGGAUAUUUGGAAGAAAAUACAAAAUCUUGACCAUUGA